GCGGUACGAGGUGGAGGAGGACUACGAAUGGGUCGCAGCCGCAGCCGCUCCCCGCGGAGGGAGCGUAGGCGGUCCCGUUCCACGUCCCGGGAGAGAGAACGCAGACGCCGAGAAAGGUCCCGGUCCCGGGAGAGAGAUCGGAGAAGGAGCCGCUCUCGAUCCCCGCACAGAAGACGCUCCAGAUCACCAAGACGACAUAGAUCCACAUCUCCUUCUCCUUCUCGAUUGAAAGAAAGAAGAGAUGAGGAAAAGAAAGAAACAAAAGAAACAAAGAGCAAAGAACGUCAGAUUACUGAAGAAGACUUAGAGGGCAAAACAGAGGAAGAAAUAGAAAUGAUGAAGUUAAUGGGAUUUGCCUCCUUUGACUCCACCAAAGGGAAAAAGGUGGAUGGCUCUGUAAAUGCCUAUGCCAUAAAUGUGUCUCAGAAGAGGAAAUACAGGCAGUACAUGAAUCGAAAAGGUGGAUUCAACAGACCUUUGGAUUUCAUUGCAUGAGAAUUGAAAUGCUGAAGAAUGAUUUUUUUCCUCCUCAUCUUGAUCAGAAGAGUGGAUUUUGUAUUUUCUAUUUAAUAAGCAUCAAAAACAGGAUCACAGUCCUUCAGCCUUGUAAAGUAAGAAAAUUUUAUUUAUGAUGUGUGCACUUCACUUAUCCUGCCUCAAAAGAAGAAAAGUUAAAUAUUACAUUUUUUUCUUUUAGGAAUUAUAAUUUGGGGCAAUCAUCAACCCCAUUUUUUUGUCCUUAUUCCUGUGGAAGCUGUAUAUGUUUUCUUUUUGGAUGCUGUUUAGGACUUUUUAAAUCACAUAAAAGUAAUUUGGAUGUAAGUUUCUCAAAUAAAGCAGUAUUUCUA